AUGAGUUCGGAAGGUAAAUUCUUCAGUAAAUUGAAAAAGACAUUCAAAGGGGACAAAAGUAACGAAUCUUCGCCCAAUUCGUCACCAAAGGCCUCCAAGUCGUCAUCGAAAAAAGAAACUAAUCCAAAGAAGGAAAAAUUACUUCAAGAAGCACGUAAAGAAGGAGAAAAGGUAUUUCAUCAUAAGCACGGGGGCUCUACUGCUGCAGCAGGCAGUGGAGUUGCAGCAACCGGUGCUGGUACUGGUGCUGGUACUGGUGCUAGUACCAGUGCCAAUGUAACAAAGGCUGGACACAAAGAGCAUGAUAACAUCCUCAAAGAAGCCAGGGAAGCUGGAGAAAAGUUAUUUCAUCACCACACUAAAGAAGGUAAUACUGGUGUCUAUGCCGGUGGUACUGCUCCUGCGGCUGCAGCUGCCGAAGGAGUUGGUGGCUACGGUGCAUCCGGUCAUAACAGAGCUCCUAGUUCUGGUUAUGAAUAUAGUACAGAUGCCAGUGAUGUUGUUACCAGCUCAUCAAAGGGUCGCUUAGUUUCGUCACCACCAAGGCGUUCGAGAGAGCCAAUUAAGUAUGAAGUUCCUGGAGACUUCAGUAACCAAAAGAAUCCUACUGAUCCAACCGUGGUUGGAGGUGAAGGUUCAGCCAGUGAAUCAAACCCUGCCGUUGUCACUAAUUCGGAUCCAAAUUAUAGCGACGACGCUAAGCCAGCAAAAGGACACGGAAAAUUCUUUGAUCCAAAAGAUACUCAAGGUGGAGUUCUUGGUGCUGCUACCGCGUCGGAAGAUUCUGCUCAUGCUUAUAACAAGGGCGACUUCAAACAAUCGCACCAAGAGGCCACAAAAGCUAAUUAUGUUGAUACUGACAAUUUGAAAACCAAGCCCUCUGUCUAUGAACAAGAGGACAAAGCAAAUGAAGCCUUGGAGGAGAUCAAACAGAAUGCCUACCGUGAGGGCAAUCUACAAGGAAGAAAAGAUACACAAGAGGAUCCUUCAAUCUUGGGUUCCAGACAAGUUGGAGGAAGUGGAACUACAACCGAUGAGCAAAACCCUGACAAAGAAGCAAUCCAUGAGGAGAAUAAAUCUGCUUACAAUAAGGAUGGUGUUGCAGGCAUCUUAGGGAAGGAGGAGGGUGGAUUGCCAUCCAAAUCAAACAAGCAGCAAGAGUCUCACCCGGGCACUGUUCAAGAUGGUGAUGUCAUUCUCGGUGGUGCAGGUGUUGCUACAGCAAAACAAGACAACUACGACCCAGUCGACACCGAAAGAAGAAUUUCUGAUCUCGAUAAACAAAUCAAUCAAACUGAUAGCAAAAUCGAGCGCUUGAAGAAUGAUCCUAGCAAUGCAUCUACCUUUGCUGUUCGUGAUGAGCCAAUAAAGACACCUAGGUUGGCCGACGUUCACGAUGAAUAUGACCAUUCCGAUGGUCAUGAUGAAUUUGCAGAUGCACAGACCGACCCCAAUGCCAAUGACAAUGCAAAACCUGGCCCCGGCGUGCUUGCUGGUGCGGGUGGAGCUUUGGCUGCAGCUGCUGGCUAUUUGGGUUACGGUGCUAACAAGGAUCAAGAUAAAUUAAACCAAGAAGUACCACCGAAAGAAAAGCAAGAAACCUUGGACGCUUCCUAUGCUGCUGGCCAACAACAAUUUGAAAACGAGAAAGCAGGCGGAGUUGCUAAGGAUUCCACUGGUGAUGGCCAAGAAGGUCUUGUUGGAAGAGCUGCGGGAUUCUUGGGUUUUGGCUCUAGCAAAGAUCAAGAGAAGUCGACUUCAGACGUCUCUCCUAGUCAGAAACAAGAAACUCUCGACGCCACCUAUGCUGCUGGGCAACAAAAGUUUGAGGAUGACAGAGCAGGAGCCACCACUAGAGGAGCUACUCACGAGAACCAGGAGGGUUUUGUUGAAAGAGCAGAAGAGGCCAUUGGAGGAGCCGCUGCCGCCGCUGCUGGUUACUUGGGCUUUGGCGGUCAUAAUGCCAGGGAAGGUCACCAACAACUACUCAGAGAAGCUUACGAUGCUGGAAAGAGGAAGGGAGAGAACGAACUUGCCGGAACUUCACCCUCUAGAGGGGCAACUGGCCAAAACCAAGAGGGGUUCGUCGAAAGAGCAGAAGGCGCGAUUGGUGGAGCUGCCGCUGCUGCUGCUGGUUAUUUGGGAUUUGGCCCUCGUGAUCCUGAACAAGAACGUCAACAAAUCCUCAAAGAGGCUUAUGAUGCUGGAAAAAAGAAAGGUGAUCAAGAGGUCUAUUAUGCAAAUACGCCUACAUCAGGUCAGCUCUUGGAAGAUACCAAAAAGCGUAUUGGUGAGGUUACCGCUGUCACUGCUGGUGCCCUUGGCUUGGGCGAUUCACAACAACCUGGAGAGUCAACAACCGAGCAAACUGGCAAAAACAAGGACGUGGCUAGAGACGAAGAGCACAGAAGUACAAGUGCUAUCCCUGGUGACAACAAAGUAGACAGAAAAGACAAGGGUUCUACAAGCACUUCUCAAUCCUCAAAUCAAGGAUAUUUAGGAUCUGCAGGAGCUGCUGUAGCCGGUGCUGGUGCUGCUGUUACCGGAGCACUCGGCUUAGGUAACAAUGGCAACAAGCGCGCGGAUGUCGAUGACUCAUUGAUUCAAGAUGCAGAGAAAGCAGACCCCUCCAUUGAAAAAUUGCCACCCCAUAAGGUAAAUAAGAAAGAGCUUGAAAGGGAAGAAACACUUUCACCUGAUGCUGACAACUAUGAGAAGGAGGUUGUAGGUCUGAAUAAAGAAUCCGUUGAGGAUAAGCAACUCAAGGCUGCUGAAAAUGACGUCAGCCAGUGGAAUAAGCAACAUGGAUUUAAGGAUCCAAAAGACUCUUUGAUAAAAGAGGCCGAAGAAGCUGAUCCAUCAAUAGAGAGGUUGCCAGCUCAUAAGCUUGACAAGGAAAAACUUAAGGAAGAAAAGACACUCUCCGCUGAUGCAGACCCCGUGGAAAAAGAAAUUGUUGAAGAUAACCAGUUCAAGGAAAUUGAGGAAGAUGUUGCCACUUACAACAAAAAGCAUGGAUUCACCAAUGCCAAAUCUUCUUUGAUUGAAGUUGCAGAAAAUUCAGAUCCAACUAUUGAGAAAAUGCCAGCUCACAAAGGUCAAUCAGUCGACAAAGAAUUAGCAGGCAAUGCAAACGAAUCCUCGGGAAAUGAUGUACAAAACUUGCCAAGCAAUUAUCCUGCUGUGACGACCGAUGAGAUCAAGAAUUCUGCUGGUGCUGGAGGUAUCAAAACCAGUGACUCUGCAAGUAAAAAGUCUCUCGACACAAGUAAGAGCAGCAAGAAGGAUGACGACAGUAAGAGCCGUGAUACCACUGCAAAAGAUAGUGACCAUAGCAAAAGCGCUGUAGCUGGUGCUGGUGCUGCUGGCGCUGCUGGCGCUGCUGCCGAAGCUGCUGCCUCUAAAUCCACCUCAAAUAAAUCAGCUGACACCUCAAAAACGCAAAAGUUGGAUGAAGCUUUGAAAAAGUCCCUUUAUGAUGAAGGGUAUUCGAAGGGAAAAUCUGAUGUCGGACGGUCUUCUAACAAGGGGGGUGUCUUAGGUGCCACUUCUGGACAAUCUACUGGCUCAUCAAACACAAACAAGUUGGAUGAUUCCUUGAAGAAGGCUCUUUACGACGAAGGGUACAGAAGAGGAAAGUCUAAUACUACUGACCCACCAUCUCACAAAAGAAAUAUCUCGGGUGCUUCCUACAAUACCACUCAACCGCUCGAUCACUCAGUUGACGGUUCAAACUCCAAGACAAAUGCAGCUACACCACCAGUUGGUAGUGCUGCUGGUGCUGCUGUGUAUGACGCAAACCAGCUGUUGGACGAUAGCUUGAGAAAGCAAUUGUACGCACAUGGCUAUAAAUCAGGUGCUACUCAAUCUCAAGUGAUUGACCCCGCUUUGAAGAAAGAGUUGUACCAACAUGGAUAUUCAGCUGGCCAAAAUGAGCAUCAACCAUCUUCUGCAGCCUAUGGAGCCCCUACUAGUGGUGUAAAAGAUACCGACUCCAAAUUGGACUCUAGGCUCAAGCAAGAUUUGUAUGAGCAUGGAUAUGCCAGAGGCAGCACUGAAAAGAAAGCUGAGAAGGACAAUAACAUCCAUAACCGAUCAUAUGGUACAUCAAACAGAGAGGCUGCCAUUGUUGGUGGUGCUGGAGCUGGAGCUUUGGGAGGCGCAGCUUUGGGAUCAUCACAUGAAAAGUAUUUACAUACGCCACUUGACAAUAAAUCCGAAUUGGUGGAUGAAAAUACAGCACACAAGGAAAGACAAGACAAUGCGAACAAUUUAGUUGUUGAAGUUGUUGGAAUUGAGGAUAAGGAGGAGGCUUUGAAAACUGCGAGAAAUGCGUCAAAGAAAUUAGAUCAAAAAGGUGUUGACUUGACCUCAGGCAAAUUAGUUAUUGACGCAAACAACAAGGAGAUUUAUAAGGAGGAUUAUGUUACUGAGAAGGAAGCACCUGCUGGAAGUUCUGUGCCAAACGUUGUUGGACAAUCUAGAGCCGAGGGCUAUACGCAAGGCGCUCUGGGUGCUCUGGGUGCUCUGGGCGCUCUGGGCAGUCGUGGAUUGGAUACUUCUUAUGAAGGUGAUGGCGCAGGUCAGCAAACCAAUAUUUAUGCCGGUCAAGAUACUAGAGCUGCUGCUCCUCAAGUUGUGGGACAAUCCAGAGCUGAAGGAUAUACUCAAGGUACUCGCGAUGUUGAUACUUCUUACAGAGGAGAUGGUGCUGGCAAGAGAACUGAUGUUGUUCCGGAAGGCGAUAGAAAUGAUGCAAUUGCAUCAAUUUUAGCACUUGACAGAGAAGCAGCUCCUGGUGUGACAUAUGGUGAUGGAAGCGCACCACCGGAACUCAAACAAGGAGAAUGUCCUUUCUUUAGUUCCAUAGGUCAACCUACACCUGGUGCAGCUGAUGAAUACCACAAACAAGGAGUUCCAGAUCACGGUGCUCACGCAGACGUCAUUCGUGAAGCUUAUGCUGCAGGUCAUCAAUACGGUCAACAAGCAAGUAGCUCAUAUAGUCAGAGUUCUCGUGGACCACAUGCAGUUGAUACUUCGUAUGAAGGUGAAGGUGUUGGUGCCAAGACUUGCCCUUUUGCUGGUGCUAAGGAUCAAGGUGCAACAGGCGCUUCAGGCUACUAUCAAGACAGUCAUGGAGCAUCUGCCACACGUGGACUUGACACGUCUUACGAAGGUGAAGGUGUUGGUGCCAAGACUUGCCCUUUUGCUGGUGCUAAGGAUCAAGGUGCAACAGGCGCUUCAGGCUACUAUCAAGACAGUCAUGGAGCAUCUGCCACACGUGGACUUGACACGUCUUACGAAGGCGCUGGUGCAGGUGCCAAGACUUGUCCAUACCAGGGAGCCCCAUCUCAGGGCCAACAAUCCGAUCAAUCUGAGUUAGCAAAACAGAGGUUACAUGAAGCCGCAAGACAAAAUGCUGGAUUGACAGCUACUACUGCAGGUGCAGGUGCUGCCGCUGGCUCUGCCGCAGGUAGAGGACAUCACACUCAGGAUAAGUCAACAUCAAACACUGCUACUGAUGAUGAUGAAAUAUUUGUUAAUGUCAAGGGUACCAAGGACAACACAAUUGCCACUAAGAUUGCCAGAACUGCUGUUGCAAGAUUACAAAAGACACAUGCGUCUGUCAUUUCAAAAGUUAAAGAAUUGCAAGUUGAUGCUCACUCUGGUAUCGUUAGAGAUGAAAAUGGCGAUGAAAUUGCCCAUUUUGCAGAUUUGGCUGUUGAUGCUAAACAUCCUGGAAGUUCGGAUCAUCAUGGAGGUGCAUCGAAGAAUACAACUGAUGCUGUUGGUACUGGUGGAAUAGCUGCAGCUGCAGCUAAUACUGCUUCUUCAAAGCAUCCUCACUUGACUGAGCCAACUCAUCAUACAAGCGCCAAUGCAGGACAACAGUUUGGUUCUGGCUCUUCAUCUAAGCCUGAACCACCAUAUCCUCAAGGAGUACCAGCUACAAAGGAAGCAAACACUGCAUCUCAAUAUUCAAGUUCUGGUUAUGACAGAACUAGAUCGGAUGAACGUAACGCCAAGUCAUCCUCUGGAGCUGAAUCAAGUGGUUUGCCAAGUUACUCAAAUUAUGAUGAUCGUGGUGGAAUCGGUUCUGGAAAUUCUGCAUCAGCUGGAAACUACCAACAUGGUAAUAAGAAACAAUCCAUUGAAUCACAAGGAGGAUUAUCCGGUUUAUCAUCAAGCAUUAUUGGUGCUUCUGGUGCUGCUGGUGCUUUAGAAUCAUUAGGUGUUGCAAAUCAAAGUGGUCGUGGUGAUGUUAACACAAGCUACGGAGAAGACAACUACACUGACAAGUCUCAUUCUGACUCCAACCCAUCAUCAACACAUUUACUGGGGUCCAAUGCGUACCCAAAGUCAGCUGUUAAUGCGUACUCAUCAUCUUCUGAGAAUACCAGUUUUGAUAAAAAUGUUAAUGAUGCUCUGUAUGCUAGUGGCGGACAAUCUUCGAGAUAUGCUGAUCACCAAACAUCAUCAGCUCCAUUAGCAACCACUUCUUCUUCCAUUUCAAAACCAACGUCAAAUUAUAUUCAUGAAUCAGGUUUAGAUACGAAAUCUACAUCUGGUAUUAAUACCACAUCUGCGGGCGAAACAGGUGUUGGUAGAUCAACCACUGGUGGGGAUUCUUCUUCUUCUGCUGCUGCUGCUGGUUAUGGUGAAUAUAACAAGGUGCCAAGAGGUUUGCAUGAAGAUGCUGGAACUACAACUGAAUCAGAUGUCGGAUCAUCGUCACAUGGAUUGACUUCAAAUGCUGCGGAAGUUGAUUCUGAAGUGACUAAUGCAAAUACGUCAUUUAGUAUGCCAGGUGGAUGGAAUUGA